CUACAGCCUUCGCCUUCGGACAAACAAAGUCAAGGAGACCGAGUAUAUCCUGGCAAUCCAUCGUCGCCUGUCACACCAGGCCUGUUGCCAAACAAUGAGAACAGAGACUUCGCAUCAACGCCACCUUUACCAACGCACCCCCGACGAGUCCACGGAGGACUUCCUCGGCGAAAAAGCCGGUACCUGAUCCAAGAGAUAGACCGACAAACAACUGCUACCUUCAUAUCAUCGAAUUCAGCUUCUGUGGACCCUUUGGAGCGCUGGAAGAACUCCCCCCCUGAAGCCGAAGCAGCCAGUCUAUCGGCCAUUCAGAAUGCCCUUGAAAAUCCAUCGAUUUACGCCACCGGAUGUCGAGGGCGCGUUCCUGACUCUGUGGUGGACGGCUUGUUCCAAAACCAUCGCCGCGCGGAAUCAACUACAAGUGGUGGAAGUGCUACCAGUGUAUCCUCUCGUCGCUCAACCCGAUCUGACUUGUCUGGUCUAUCAAAUGGCAGUCAACUAUCUUCAGAGAGGUCAUCUGCUGGAAUUCGAAAGAAGCCGGUCAACACUAGCAGAAGGAAACGAACUGCAGCUAACAACCCUCGAAUAUUCUGCUGCACAUUCUGCUGCGAUAAAUUCAAGAAUAAAUAUGACUGGAUGCGCCAUGAGAAGUCCCUCCAUCUCAACCUGGAGAAUUGGACCUGUGCGCCAUUUGGAGGCUCAGUUGUAUUACCAUCAACAGGUCGCGUCCAUUGCGCCUAUUGCAAUCAGUUAGAUCCAACACCCAUCCACCUUGAGCAGCAUAACUAUGGACCCUGUCAGGAACAUACGCGGACGUUUCGCCGAAAGGACCAUCUGGUCCAGCACUUGCGCCUUUUCCACCAUCUCGACACCAUGCCACUCAUCGACGACUGGAAACAGGUGGUAACAGACUUCUCCUCUCGUUGUGGAUUCUGCGACAGUCGGAUGUUCAACUGGGAUGAGCGAGCCGAUCAUCUAACGGCCCACUUCCGUCAAGGCUUUACAAUGGCCCACUGGAAUGGUGACCAUGAUUUUCCACCAGAUAUCGCCGUACAGGUCAAACACAGCGUGCCUCCGUAUCUCCUUGACUUUGAAUCCCGGACUUUUGUCCCUUUCUCCGCCACAAACGGUGCUGUUAAUGAUCAUCUUUCUCAAAUGCUUUCCCGGGCCAGCUUUGUCAACGAAGCAGGGGAACUUCAAAUGCUUCCAGAAUCGGAUGCUCCAGAGGCGGAGCUGCAGCCAGUCCCAGAGCCCCAAUUGGAUUCUUACACUGAAGUACUCACUCGUCAUCUAAGCCAUUACGCACGACAGAUGAUGACGAGCGGGGUUGUUCCUACGGACGAAAUGUUUCAGGUAGAGGCAAGGCGUCUAGCAUUCGAUUCCGAAGACCAGUGGAACCAAACCAUAGCUGAUAAUCUGGAAUGGCUGGCCAAGUUUCGAGGAGAGCAGAGCAGUACCGGU